AAGGAGGCGUAGUUAUGGGCUGGACUACAGCUCGUAGCAGUCUUCUCAUCUAAUCUUGCGUGUGUGUAUGGUUUCCUCUUCGGCUGCACACUGCUGUAGUCGCCGUAGGUGUGUGGGGGGAAAGGAAGGAGCGAGUGAGUGUUGCGGUAAGGAGGGUGUGAGAGUUGAGGGUUCAGCCGUUGUUGUCGCUGCUAGCUUGGACUCAUGAUUCCUAUAUGCCCGGUAGUUUCGUUCACCUAUGUCCCUAGCCGGCUGGGAGAAGAUGCCAAAAUGGCCACCGGCAACUACUUUGGUUUCACCCAUAGCGGUGCUCCUGCCCAAUAUAGCCAGCAGCCAGCUUCAGGUGUAGCCUAUUCUCAUCCAACUACAGUUGCUAGCUACACUGUCCACCAGGCACCAGUUGCUGCCCACACCGUUACUGCAGCCUAUGCUCCAGCAGCAGCUACAGUUGCAGUAGCCAGGCCUGCUCCAGCAGCUGUUGCAGCUGCUGCUUAUGGAGGUUAUCCUACAGCACACACAGCUACAGAUUAUGGUUAUACGCAGAGGCAACAAGAAGCUCCACCACCACCACCUCCUGUCACUACACAGAAUUACCAGGAUUCCUAUUCUUAUGUUCGAUCUACCACCCCAGCUGUAGCUUAUGACAACAAACAGUACUAUCAACAACCAACAGCGACUGCUGCGGCUGUGGCUGCUGCUGCCCAGCCUCAACCUUCAGUAGCUGAAUCAUACUACCAGCCAGCUCCAAAAGCAGGAUAUAGCCAAGGGGCAACUCAGUAUACCCAAGCCCAGCAAACACGACAAGUGACAGCUAUAAAACCUGCAACCCCAAAUCCAGCAACAACUACAUUUUCUAUAUAUUCAGUAUCCUCUACUGUUCAGCCAGUAGCAGCUGCAGCUACUGUUGUUCCAUCCUAUACACAAAGUGCAACGUACAGUACAACAGCAGUUGCUUACUCUGGUACCUCUUAUUCUGGCUAUGAAGCCCCAGUAUAUUCAGCUGCAUCAUCCUAUUACCAGCAGCAGCAACAGAAACAGGCAGUGGCAGCAGCUGCUGCUGCAACAGCUGCUUGGACAGGGACCACCUUUACUAAAAAGGCACUGUUCCAAAAUAAGCAACUGAAACCAAAGCAACCUCCUAAACCACCCCAGAUCCACUACUGUGAUGUUUGUAAGAUCAGCUGUGCUGGACCGCAGACUUAUAAAGAACACUUAGAAGGCCAGAAACACAAAAAAAAAGAAGCAGCAUUAAAAGCUUCACAGAACACCAAUAACAGCAGCACUCCUGCUCGUGGAACUCAGAAUCAGUUGCGCUGUGAUCUUUGUGAUGUGUCUUGUACAGGAGCAGAUGCUUAUGCUGCCCAUAUCCGUGGAGCCAAGCACCAGAAAGUAGUGAAGUUGCACACAAAACUUGGCAAACCCAUUCCUUCAACGGAACCAAGUGUGAUUACCCAAGCUACUUCCUCAACAUCCACAUCUGCUUCUAAACCACCUGCCUCUGCUUCAGAUAUAGCAACUAGCAGCAGUACUGUGACCUCCUCUGUUGCUUCCUCUGCAGUGAAAAUUCUUACUCCCACAGCAAACAUACCACUUAACACAGUGUCCAACAACAAAACAUCUUCAGCAACUGCUAACGUAGCUGUGAAGAAAAUAUCUACGCCGAAAAUAAACUUUGUUGGCAAGUACAGAAGUGGUAAUAAGCUUCAGACAACAGGAAGUAAACUGGAAGAAAUGAAAUCAGCUGAAAGUGUUAAAACAACAACUGCUGCUACAGUACAAACACAGGAAGUAAAACCAGAUACAGCAGCUGAACCAGUGACUCCUAUGACUCUUGCUGCCUUGCAAAGUGACGUCCAGCCAGUGGGUCAUGACUACGUGGAAGAGGUACGAAAUGAUGAAGGUAAGGUGAUCCGCUUUCACUGCAAACUUUGUGAAUGUAGUUUUAAUGAUCCUAAUGCCAAGGAGAUGCACUUAAAAGGGAGACGGCACAGACUUCAGUAUAAGAAAAAAGUAAACCCAGACUUACAAGUAGAAGUAAAGCCUAGUAUUCGAGCAAGAAAAAUUCAAGAAGAGAAGAUGAGGAAACAGAUGCAGAAAGAAGAAUGCUGGAGAAGACGAGAAGAGGAAGAACGCUGGAGGAUGGAAAUGAGGCGAUAUGAAGAAGACAUGUACUGGAGGAGAAUGGAGGAAGAGCAGCAUCACUGGGAUGACCGUCGCAGAAUACCAGAUGGAGGAUAUCCUCAUGGUCUUCUGAGACCUCUAGGUCUGCUGGGAGUUAGACCAGGAAUGCCUCCUCAGCCCCAAGGACCAGCUCCUCCACGCCGCCCUGACUCCUCUGAUGACUGCUAUGUGAUGACCAAACAUGCAGCUAUAUAUCCAACAGAGGAGGAACUUCAAGCAGUCCAAAAAAUUGUUUCUAUUACUGAACGUGCUUUGAAACUUGUUUCUGACAAUAUGACUGACCAUGAAAAAAACAAAAGAAAAGAGGGAGAUGACGAAAAAGAUGGCAGUAACAGAGCUUUGAAAGGAGUUUUGCGAGUAGGUGUUUUGGCUAAAGGUUUGUUACUCCGUGGAGACCGAAACGUCAAUCUUGUUUUGUUAUGUGCUGAGAAGCCUUCAAAAAUGUUACUCGGUCAUAUUGCUGAAAGUCUUCCCAAACAACUUGCAGUAAUAAGUCCUGAGAAAUACAAUAUCAAGUGUGCAGUCCCAGAAGCAGCAAUAAUUUUAAAUUCGUGUGUGGAACCCAAAAUGCAAGUUACUAUUACACUGACAUCUCCAGUCAUUCGGGAGGAAAACAUGAGGGAUGGAGAUGUAACCCUGGGUAUGGUGAAAGACCCACUGGACAUCUUGGACAGGCAAAAAUGCCUUGACGCUCUGGCUGCUCUACGCCACGCUAAGUGGUUCCAGGCUAGAGCUAAUGGUCUGCAGUCCUGUGUGGUUAUCAUACGUAUUCUUCGUGACCUCUGUCAGCGGGUUCCAACUUGGUCUAAUUUUCCAAGCUGGGCGAUGGAGUUACUUGUGGAAAAAGCAAUUAGCGGUGCUACUGGACCACAGAGUCCUGGGGAUGCACUGAGAAGAGUUUUUGAGUGUAUAUCUUCAGGAAUCAUCCUUAAAGAUGGUCCUGGACUUCUGGACCCUUGUGAGAAAGAUCCUUUCGAUACACUUGUUUUAAUGACAGAUCAGCAACGAGAGGAUAUUACUUCAAGUGCACAGUUUGCACUGAGACUUCUUGCAUUUCGUCAAAUACACAAAGUUUUAGGAAUGGAUCCAUUACCACAGAUGAACCAAUGCUUCAACAUCCAUAAUAAUCGUAAAAGGAGAAGGGACGGUGAUGGGGUUGAUGGAUUUGAAGCAGAGGGAAAAAAGGACAAAAAAGAUUUUGAUAGCUUUUAAAAAUGUAUGUUAUCAGUGCUAAGACAGAAGGUGAUAAAGGGUAUUUGUUGACUUGAUUUUAAAUGGACAUGACAUAUCUGUUUAAAACAUCCAAAACCAACUUGGUAAUUAUAUUUGGAAGAGAACAACCUAGCUCUUGUGUGAGAUUCUGAAUAUUUUAAUGAGUGUAUUGUAUCAAAGUAUGGAUGGAAAGACUACAAAUGGAAACUAUGUUGUUGGAAAAAAAUAGCUUGAGGGGUUUUUCCUCAUUGCAUUUUCUUUAAAUGUGUUGCUAAAUUCAGUAACUUUUCUUCUUUUUUUUCCUUUUUUUAUCAACAAGUGUGUUGUCUUAUCUUGACUGUAUUUAAUGCAGCAUUUCUGCUUCUGUUGCUGUAUGUAUUUUGACUUUUUUAUUUAGAAGGUUUUUUUGUUUGCCUUUUACACUAGUUGGAUAAGUUACUUUGUGUUAGUAUAAACUGUUCUCCUAUAUAAUAUUUUACACACCUUUUAUUUUGUAAAGUGACACUGCAGGAUUAUGUUGGUUUUGGGUUUUUUUCCUAAAUAUGAAGGGGUUACAACUCAUAAUUAUCCUGCCAUUUGAGUGCUCAGAAUCAAAUGAUUUUGCCAAUCUUGUAGCAUUUGUCUCCUUAGUGUGAUAUAACAGUGUAAAUAAGGCAAAUGUAUGUUAAUCUAAUCAAGUUUGCUGUUAGUUGUGCAUUAGCAGUAUAAAAGCUAAUAUUUACAGUAUGAUCUUGCAACAGUUUUAAAACAGAUACAUAAUUGAUCAAAGUUUUGCAUGAUAUUUUUGUUUUUAAUAGAAGGACUAAAACUAUCAUUUUAGGUUAAAUGCAUAGGUCUUUAUAUGAUUGACUUUGUGUCAUAGCAAGGCCAAAAAAUAACUUCCUGAAUUUCUUUUCUCAACAUACAAGAAGCAGCACGCUAGUCAUUCUUCUCAGUCAACUGUGUUGAUUUGAUAUUAAUGCCUCUCAGCCCUUAAACAUAAAUGAUUGUCAUAUCAGUGCAUGUAAAGUUAUUCCUUAUAACUAUUCCUGUAUAAACAUUCUGUUAUUUUUUCAAUAACUCAAAUUUUUUAAAAGGAAGUAUUACUGAAAAAGUGAAAAUUAUCAAAGAAAAAAACCCAGAAAAUUAAUUAUUUGAUGUGGCCAUGGUGUAUACUUAUGUCUUGCAUAAAGCUAAAUAACAGUGAUGUAAAGUUACAUCAUGUUGUUGAUAUAUACUCUGGUACAUAGUUGUGAUUUGUUGUCACAGCACUAGAGUGGAAUACGCAAAUAAAAAUAUAUUAAAUUACUAAAAUUCAUUAUACACUGGAAACUGAAGUUUCACUCAUUCUGUUCAAUGUGUAUUAUGCUUUGUUACAAACCCAUAAAAUGCAGAGAUUAACAUAGGCUAACAUUCUGGUAACUACUUCCAUCAAUGGCUAUAGGAGAGUCUUGCACAUUACAAAGAUCACUUGUUAUUUCUGGUACAAUUUAUUUCAUUUUUCAUUAUUUCAUUGUUUCAUUUUGAGGUUGAAUUUAUCUUUCACUUUUUUUAAUAAAUAACUCUUGGAGUUAGGGGAAUGUUUUUGUUUGCAACACCUACUGCUAACAGCAUGGGCCUGUGGAAUAAAAAUACAAUAUUUCAGAAAAGUAGAGGAAGUCUUAAUUUAAUAUAGUAUUCUACAAGCAUCAGAGUGCAACUUGACAAGGAGUAGCUGGUACAGUACUAUGUUUUGGAUGUACUUGUUUUACUUGUUGCUAAGUAGGGCUUAUCCUAAGUGAAGGAUUUUUCAGUUUCCCAUGCUGUGCCAGUAAGGAGGUGCACAAGAGCUGGAAGGGAGCAUGGCCAGGAGAGCUGACUCAAACCAGCCCAAGGAGCUAUUCCAUACCAUAGAAUGUCACACCCAGCAUAUAAACUGGGGGAGUUGGUGAGCAAGGAGUAGAUCAUUGCUGAGGCAUCCGUCAGCGGGUGGUGAACAAUUGCACUGUGAGUCACUUGAGAUUUUCAUACUAUUUGUUCCUCUCUUUUAUUUAGUUAUCACAGAAUGGUGUAGGGGUUAGAAGGGACCUCUAAAGAUCAUAUAGUCCAACCCCCAUACUCAAGCAGGUCCGCCUAGAUCAGGUAACUCAGGAACGUGUCUAGGCAGAGUUUGAAAACCUCCAGAGAAGGAGACUCCACAACUUCCCUUGGCAACCUGUUCCAGUGCUCCGUCACCCUCACAGUAAAGAAGUUUUUCCUUAAGUUUUAAGUGGAACUUUUAGUGUUCCAGCUUUUGUCCAUUACCCCUCUUCCUCUCACUGGACAGUACAGAAAAAAGGACUACCUCAUCCCCUUGACAUGCACCUUUCAAAUAUUUGUAAGUAUUAAUGAGGUCCCCCCUUAGUCUCCUCCAGGCUGAACAGUCUCAGAACCCGCAGCCUUUCAUCAUAAAACAGAUGUUUGAGUCUCCUGAUCAUCUUAGUGCCCCUGCAUUGGACUCUCUCCAGCACUUCCCUGUCCCUCGUGAGCUGACGAGCCCAAAACGGGACACAGUACUCCAGAUGAGACCUCACCAGGGCACAGUAAAGGGGGAGCAGAACCUCCCUUGACUUCCUGGACACACUCUUCUUGAUGCAUACCAGAAUGCCAUUGGCCUUCUUGGCCACGAGGGAACAUUGCUGGCUCAUGGUUAGUUUAUUAUCACGUAGGACUCCCAAGUCUCUCUCUGCAGAGCUGCUCUCCAGCAGGUCAAUCUCCAGCCUGUACUGGUGCAUGGGGGUUGUUCCUUCCCAGAUGCAGGACUCUGCACUUGUCCUUGUUGAACCUCAUGAGGUUCCUCU